AUGUUUGUAUUUCCCGCAAACAUAGUACAAGGCGCUGUAGAGUACAAUUUAAUUGAAAAAUUGCUUAUUGAUCACUUCAGAAAUUCAUUCAAACUCGAGUCUAUCUCGAUAAUAACUGAUAUGACGCUUAGAGUGGCUACAGAAUCUACGAAGAUCAUUACAACGUAUUUUGUUGCGAGAAUCAACUUUCUCUGGGAUGAAUAUAUUAUUUUUGGAGCAGAACCCGUUUGGACGCCUAAAAACUGUGUGGAUGGUCUAGGCUGUGGCGAGAUCAAGGUUAUUGUUGUCGAUGAAAGGCUGCAAGAAAAAGACAGAGCUCGUUUGGGAGAGCGGCUAAGAAACAGCUUCACAGUCGAAUCAAGAAAGCAAAAUCAAAAUAGUAUGGAAUUGUACCGUAGCUUAUUUUCAAAAGAAGAUGGAUGUGACUUUGUGUUGUUGAGUACAACCAUGCUUCCAACAUCAGGAUCAACUUAUACUGCACUUGAAGAGUCUAUGGAGAUUAUUUUUAGUUUUAAGGUAAAGUCAUUAUUAUUAUGGAUAUCAAACGGUCGUUUAAUUUGGACAUAUAACAGGAAGCAAUUGUCGACACUAUGUAAGACUCUUCAGAAUGUGAGUAACCUUACAUAUACCGCGAAUACUACGACUACUUCAAGACAACAGUAUUCUUUAUUUAAUUCCUCCAAGUAG